AUGGCUUUUAAAGAUUUCAUUCGAAUACUGUGGUACGAUAUUGUGAACGUUAAUAUAUUAAGCAACGGAGAAGUUUGUAUAGAAUUUUUGAAGAAUGCAAACCAACAAGAAAGAAUUGUGGAUGUGUGCAGAAUAUCCCAAGAUGGUCUGAAGAUCACCGUGUACAAGCCAGACGGAAAACAUUCGCCUUCUCUGACGGAUCGCUCCUUGUCGGUUUCAAAACAGAAAGUCUACUCUUACGAAAAUUUGCCAAGACAGUACUGGAAAAAGUAUCUGUAUGCGGCAAGAUUUGUUAAAUUGGUAAGAGCCAAGACGCCUAAAAUAACAUAUUACAGCGAACGAGCUAAGUUCAUGUUAAUGGAAAAUGCUCCUGAUGCAGAUUUCGAAGGCUCUUUCAUGCUUGGUGGAAAAAUUACAAAACAUGGCGAUCUGACAACCGUCAUUGACACCGACGGAAUUGUUUACAAUAUUCAUUCCGAAGAAGAAGCAAUGAGUUUCAAACCUAAAAUACAAAGUAUGUGGGAGCAUUUCAAUCAAUGUCAUCAGUACUGUAGAGAUCUCGAGGCCACGCUUCAAGCACUGGAAGACUUAAAGGGCUUCUCCUGUUUUCCCAUAAUUGUCGGAAGGUACGUACUAUAUUUCUAUAAAUCAAUAUUUAUUUUUUUAAUUUUGGGAAAAAUAAUCAGAGUUUACAAUUUGGAUAAGUGUUUGGAAAAUUGUCAGGUUUCUAUCCCAAAUACAUGAAUACUUUAUGUACACUGUACAAUGAUAAGAAA